UACAACAGGGCGAGACAAAAUGGCGGCGUAGGUGCGCCGAGCCGCGCGCGGCGGCAGCGGGGCGGUCGCGGCGGCCGCGGGCAGCGCGGAGCGGGGCGGGCGGCCCGGCGCGGCCCGGCGGCGGGAGCGGCGGAAGAGCCGGCAGCAGGGGGAGCCGCUGCGGCGCCCGGAGGAGGCUCCUCCCCCCGCGGAGGUUGCAACAAACUUUCUUUUAAGGAGGUACCAGUGUCAUCACAGAUGAACCCCUUCUGCGUUUCAGUAACAGUAACAUAAUUGGAAAGUUUCAGUCGGCAGGUAUUUCUCUGCUUUUCCUGACUCCUCAGGGUGGAUAUUUUUGCCAUGUGUCCAAGCAGUGUGUGGAAUCCUUUCAUUUGUGUUUGAGGUGUGAACAGCCUCUGAAAGAUCUGCUAAAAGGAUAAGGAGGAACCUCUAUGGGUAACUCUUGGCUGGAAACAAUUACUGGUCAACCAUGGUAAAACUUGCCAACCCUCUUUAUACGGAGUGGAUUCUGGAAGCUAUACAAAAAGUUAAAAAGCAAAAGCAAAGGCCUUCUGAAGAGAGAAUAUGUCAUGCUGUUUGUGCUUCCCAUGGAUUAGAUAAGAAGACUGUUUCGGAACAGUUGGAACUUAGUGUUCAAGAUGGUUCUAUUCUUAAAGUCACUAACAAAGGUCUUGCAUCGUACAAGGACCCAGAUAAUCCUGGACGGUUUUCAUGUGUUAAACCUGGCACUAUUCCUAAAUCUGUUAAGGGAUCUAGAGGAGCUUGUAAUGAGCUUCGUAAUGUGGAUUGGAAUAAACUCUUGAGAAGAGCAAUUGAAGGGCUUCAAGAACCUAAUGGCUCCUCCCUGAAAAACAUAGAAAAGUAUUUGAGAAGUCAAAAUGACCUGGCAAGUAUUUUCAACAAUCCUGCCUUUCAGCAGAGGUUGCGGCUGGGGGCCAAACGUGCUGUGAACAAUGGGAGGUUACUGAAGGAUGGUCCUCAGUAUAGAGUCAAUUAUGGCAGUUUGGAAAGCAAAGGAGCUCCAAAAUACUCCAGCACCUUCCCAGCUUCCCUUCCACCUGUCAGCCUAUUACCCCAUGAAAAAGACCAGCCACGAGCUGAUCCCAUCCCAAUAUGUAGCUUUUGCUUGGGAACGAAAGAAUCAAAUCGUGAAAAAAAACCAGAAGAGCUCUUGUCUUGUGCAGAUUGUGGCAGCAGUGGACAUCCAUCAUGUUUGAAAUUCUGUCCUGAGUUAACAACAAAUGUGAAGGCAUUGAGGUGGCAGUGUAUUGAAUGCAAGACAUGCAGUGCAUGUAGGAUCCAAGGCAAAAAUGCAGAUAACAUGCUUUUUUGCGACUCCUGUGAUAGAGGGUUCCACAUGGAGUGCUGUGACCCGCCACUAUCCCGAAUGCCAAAAGGGAUGUGGAUUUGCCAGGUCUGUAGACCAAAGAAGAAAGGAAGAAAGCUGCUUCAUGAGAAGGCUGCACAAAUAAGGAGACGAUAUGCAAAACCUAUUGGACGACCGAAAAAUAAAUUAAAGCAACGAAUGUUGUCUGUAACCAGUGAUGAAGGAUCCAUGAAUGCAUUCACAGGAAGGGGGUCACCUGGUAGGGGUCAAAAGACUAAAGUCUGUACCACACCUUCAUCUGGUCAUGCUGCAUCUGUGAAGGAUUCAAGCAGCAGAUUGCCUGUUACAGACCCCACUCGGCCUGGUGCCACCACCAAAAUCACCACCACCUCCACCUACAUAUCUGCCUCUACACUUAAAGUUAACAAGAAAACCAAAGGUCUCAUUGAUGGCCUUACUAAGUUCUUUACACCAUCACCUGAUGGUCGCAGAUCACGAGGUGAAAUAAUAGACUUUUCAAAGCACUAUCGUCCAAGGAAAAAGGUCUCUCAGAAACAGUCAUGCACUUCUCUUGUGUUGGCUACAGGUACCACACAAAAGCUAAAACCUCCACCUUCUUCACUUCUACCCCCAAUCCCCAUCUCUGGUCAGAGCCCCAGUUCUCAAAAAUCCAGCACUUUGAUUUCUUCUAACCCUCCCCCAAGUUCUUCCAGUCAGUCAAGCAUACCCUCCUUUAGUAGCCUUCCCAGUAGCAGUCAGCUAAAGGGGCUCUUUGAUGGACUCUCUCAUAUCUAUACCACUCAUGAACAGUCUCGAAAAAAGAGUCACCCAAGCUAUGCACCCCGCAAGCACUUGUGUAAUAAACCAGAAUUAUCUUCCACAUCAACAUCUAAUAGUCAUUUCUGUGGAAGGAAAGAGGUUAGGAGUAAGUUUGUGUCUCAUGCCUGUGCCUCUGGAUGGGGUGUGUCUAGAGGACAUGCUUUUAAAGCAAUUGCUCACCUCAAGAGAACAACUUUCUUUAAAAAGCACAGGAUUCUAGGCAGAUUAAAGUAUAAAAUGACCCCUCAGGUGGGGACCCCCUCACCAGGGAAGGGGAGCUUGACAGACGGAAGGAUUAAACCUGAUCAGGAUGAUGAUACUGAAAUCAAACUAAGCAUCAAACAAGAAAAUACGGAUGUAUUUCUGUUGGGAAGCAAGGACACUGUUACACAGGAGGAUUUGGAAGUGUUUAAGCAGGCCCGAGAACUUUCCAUGGAGAAAAUUGGGUGUAAAAACACUGGUGAAACAGGUGGGCGAUACCCUUCAGUGAUUGAGUUUGGAAAAUACGAGAUCCAGACCUGGUACUCUUCACCUUACCCACAGGAAUAUGCAAGAUUACCAAAACUUUACCUGUGUGAAUUCUGUCUUAAAUACAUGAAAAGUAAAAACAUUUUGUUAAGGCACUCAGAGAAAUGUGGCUGGUUUCAUCCUCCAGCCAAUGAAAUCUACAGAAGAAAUGACCUUUCAGUAUUUGAGGUUGAUGGAAAUGUGAGCAAAAUUUAUUGUCAGAAUCUUUGUUUGUUAGCUAAGCUCUUUCUGGACCACAAAACCUUGUAUUAUGAUGUUGAACCAUUCCUCUUCUAUGUCCUUACAAAAAAUGAUGAGAAAGGCUGCCAUUUAGUUGGAUAUUUCUCUAAGGAAAAGCUUUGCCAGCAGAAGUACAAUGUCUCCUGCAUAAUGAUCAUGCCCCAAUACCAAAGGCAAGGAUUUGGAAGGUUUCUCAUUGAUUUCAGUUAUUUGCUUUCUAGAAGAGAGGGUCAGGCAGGAUCCCCUGAAAAACCAUUGUCUGAUCUGGGUCGUCUCUCCUACUUGGCUUAUUGGAAAAGUGUCAUAUUGGAAUACCUGAACUGCCACCAUGAAAAACAAAUCAGCAUCAAAGGAAUGAGCCGAGCUACUGGAAUGUGUCCACACGAUAUUGCCACAACCCUGCAGCAACAUAGCAUGAUAGAUAAAAGAGAAGACAGAUUUGUAAUUAUUAGAAGGGAAAAGCUGAUUUCAAGUCAUAUGGAGAAACUGAAAGCAAAUCCACGUAUCAAUGAAGUAGAUCCCGAAAGCUUGAGAUGGACACCUUUGUUAGUUUCUAAUGCUGCAGUUUCUGAAGAAGAGAGGGAAGCAGAAAAGGAGGCUGAGCGUCUUAUGGAACAAGCUAGCUGCUGGGAAAAGGAAGAGCAAGAAAUAUUCUCCACGAGAACUAAUAGUAGGCAAUCACCUGCAAAAGUACAAUCUAAAAAUAAAUAUUUGCGAUCUCCAGAAAGUGUGGCCGUGGUGGGGGAGCGAGGGCAAUGCACAGAACAAUCUAAGGAAAGCAGUGAGGAGGAAGGCGGGGAUGAGAAUCCACAGAGCUCGCCUCCCCGGCUGACAAAGCCCCAGUCGCUGGCCAUGAAGAGAAAGAGACCUUUCAUACUGAAAAAGAAAAGGGGCCGUAAGCGCAGAAGGAUAAACAGCAGUGUCACAACAGAGACAAUUUCUGAAACUACCGAGGUGCUGAAUGAGCCAUUUGAUAACUCGGAUGAAGAGCGUCCCAUGCCACAGCUGGAACCCACCUGUGAGAUGGAUGGGGAAGAUGAUGACUUGAAGCCUGUGAUUAGAAAAGCUUUUGAGUAUCAACCUGGGCAGCAGAAGCAGGAGGAAGAAGAGCUGAACAAGGAGGAGAAAGAUACUCAUUGUUACAGGCGUGAUGAAAAUUGUACAGAUAAUACAGAGGAUGUAGCUGUGUUGGAAGAAAGCACUAAAGACAAUCUUGAACCUUUAAAGACUAAGCAGGGUUGGCCCAAAGGAGUUAAACGUGGUCCAUCUAAAUGGAGGCAAAGCAAAGAAAGAAAACCUGGCUUUAAGCUUAAUUUGUACACUCCACCUGAGACUCCCAUGGAGCCUGACUAUCAGGUGCUGGUGGAAGAACAGAAGGAAGGAGCUGAAGACAAGCCUUGUUCAAUUCCUGCUGUUACAGAGGAAGCUGUUAAAGAACCUGCUGAAGCACUGCCACCACCAGAUAAUGAGGUGAAAGAAGUGGAACCUGAACCUCUGCAUCCACCCAGUGAACCCUUUGAAAAACAAGAAAAUGAUACUAUGAAAGCUGGGGAGGAAGAAAGGAGCAUAGAGGAAGAUGGAAUCAAUUCAAAAGAUCAAGAAAAAGACAAAGCAGAAGAAGCUUUUGUGCAGAAAGAGGAGUCUGUGCAUUUGGAUGAUCAGGAGGAAGAGGAGGAGGAGGAUGAAGAACCUUCUCACAAUGAGGAUCAUGAUGCAGAUGAUGAAGAUGAUAGUCACAUGGGUUCAACAGAAGUGGAGAAAGAGGAAUUGCCUGGUGAAGCUUUCAAAGAAAUGCUGGAAACUCAGCAAUCUUUUUUAGACGUAAAUGUUCAAACUGGUAAUUCAAAUCAGGAGGAGUUAAUGGAUUGUGGUGUUGACCUUGCAGCUGAUGAGUGUGCAAGUGACCAGAAAGAACUUGCUACAGAUUCAGACCCAGUGCCUGAAUCUGAUGACGAUCAUGCAGACAACAACCAGGACCAAAAAGCUGGUGAAGAAUUACAUUCCGAUUUCAAGGGAGAAAGUACUGAGACCAUGGAGAUUGACUCGGAGACCGUUCAGGCAGUACAGUCUCUAACCCAAGAAACAAGUGAACAUGAAGAUACAUUUCAGGACUGUGCAGAGACUCAAGAGGCCUGUAGAAGUUUGCAGAACUAUGCCCACAAUGACCAAAGUCCCCAGAUGACCACACUGGAUGACUGUCAGCAAUCUGACCACAGCAGCCCAGUUUCAUCUGUGCACUCUCAUCCCAGCCAGUCAGUUCGUUCUGUUAAUAGCCCCAGUGUUGCUCCUUUAGAGAACAGCUAUGCUCAGAUCAGCCCAGAUCAAAGUGCCAUUUCUGUGCCGUCUCUGCAGAACAUGGAGACCAGCCCAAUGAUGGAUGUUCCCUCAGUUUCUGAUCAUUCACAGCAAGUUGUAGACAGUGGGUUUAGUGACUUAGGAAGUAUUGAGAGCACAACAGAAAACUAUGAAAACCCAAGCAGUUACGAUUCUACGAUGGGCAGUAGUAUCUGUGGAAACAACUCUUCUCAAAACAGUUGCUCGUACAGCAGCCUUACGUCUAGUAACCUAACACAGAGUAGCUGUGCAGUGACCCAGCAGAUAUCUAACAUUAAUGGAAGCUGCAGUAUGAUGCAACAAGCAAACAUCAAUUCUCCUCCCACUUGUAAUGUAAAAUCUCCCCAAGGUUGUGUUGUUGAAAGGCCUCCGAGCGGCAACCAACAGUUAUCCCAGUGCAGCAUGGCUGCUAAUUUCACUCCACCUAUGCAGUUGACUGAAAUCCCCGAGACUAGCAAUGCCAACAUUGGAUUAUAUGAAAGAAUGGGGCAGAGUGAAUUCGGAGCAGGGCAUUACUCACAGCCAUCUGCCACCUUCAGCCUUGCUAAACUGCAACAGUUAACUAAUACGCUUAUGGAUCAUUCUUUGCCUUACAGCCAUUCAGCUGCUGUAACUUCCUAUGCAAACAGUGCCUCUUUGUCUGCCCCCUUAAGUAACACAGGGCUUGUUCAGCUUUCCCAGUCUCCACAUGCUGUUCCUGGAGGACCCCAAGCACAGGCUACCAUGACCCCUCCCCCCAACCUUACUCCUCCUCCCAUGAAUUUGCCACCUCCCCUUUUGCAGCGUAAUAUGACUUCAUCGAAUAUCGGAAUAUCCCACACCCAAAGACUGCAGACUCAGAUGGCCAGCAAAGGUCAUGUCUCUGUAAGAACCAAAUCCACACCUCUGCCACCUGCUGCUGCAGCCCAUCAGCCCCAAAUUUAUGGGCGAGCUUCACAGACUGUGGCCAUGCAAGGCCCCGCACGGACCUUAACGAUGCAGCGUGGCAUGAACAUGAGUGUAAAUUUGAUGCCAGCCCCUGCUUAUAAUGUCAAUUCAGUGAACAUGAAUAUGAAUACCCUUAAUGCUAUGAAUGGUUACAGUAUGUCCCAGCCAAUGAUGAAUAGUGGGUAUCACAGUAAUCAUGGGUAUAUGAAUCAAACCCCUCAGUACCCUAUGCAGAUGCAGAUGGGAAUGAUGGGAACUCAGCCAUAUGCACAGCAGCCAAUGCAGACAGCGCCCCACAGUAACAUGAUGUACACUCCUCCGGGCCACCACGGCUACAUGAACACAGGCAUGUCCAAACAGUCUCUCAAUGGAUCCUACAUGAGAAGGUAGGCCCGUGGGAGAGACGCUACCGAACUGGCGUAUGGGAUUGAUCUGCACAAAUACCUUUGGAGAGUACGAUUUCAAAACCAGCAAUUGGUGUGAAUGCAAAAACAUUUGUUGGCACCAUUUAAAAGCUGUAUGCAGCAGAAAGCCUUAUACAAGUUUUUCUUUAUUUCAUGCUUUGUUGGGUUUUUUCUUUUUUUUUUUCCUUUGGUUUUGUUUUGUUCCAUUUUGGGUUUUUUUUUGUUUAUUUUUUAACAUUGUGAGGUUUAACUUCUCUUUGGAGGGAAUUAGGUGGUUUUACAUAUUUUGUUUAUUUCAUUGAGCUUGAAGUUCUCUGGAAAGGAAGAACUCUUUCUAUGAACUGCAAUUACACAGCAGCUGAUGGUUCAGAGCCAUUUUAUGUGCCUGCUCCCAUUAAAAAUGUGGAUAAAUAGACUCCAAAACUAUCAGACAGUACUGGAUCAUGAGCUUUUUCUCUCUCCUUUCCCCACAUGUAAAUGCCUUUUAGCAGUUCUUUUAUUGUAUUAUUUUGUUUCUGAAGGUGACACUUCUGCAUGCCGCUAAUGUCUUUGUUAGUGACAGUGCAUUUUGUAGUACUGUACAAGUGUUGUGCUUAACAGUAAGCCAUUUCUUAAUUUUUUUGCCUUGAUUAGGUUACCCUAGUUUGAGGGUAAAAAAACCAGAACUAUAUUUUUGUUAAUUAUAAAACUUGUAAAAAUAAUAAAAAAAAGCUGCAAAAGCUAUUCACAUUUUGGUUAGUUCCAAGGGUUUUAUUGCUGUAUGUUUAGUGUAAAGUUGAGACUCUUUUCCAUUUUUGUGACCAGUUUCUUUGGGGCUGGGUAGGAAAAAAAGGCAGCUUUCUGUUUUAUAAAAACUUAUGUUUUUUGUUGAUUGAAACAUCUCAGUGUUUAUUUGUCAAGUUUUGAAACAUUUUCGUAUAUGUCCAAAUACUUGGCAGGAUUUAAAAAAAAAAGUAGUGAAUUUGGUGUAAAGUUGCUAUUUUAUGGAAAUGCCUCUAACUUUACAUUUUCAUUCCAUCUGUAGAUUUUUCUAUCUUUAUAAAAUAUUGGAGUUAUUUUUUAAGGGAAAAAAUAGAGCAGUAGCGUGUGAAUAGCGCAAACUAAGCUUACAGAUCGCAUGUAAAAAGGCAAAAGUUAUUUGUGUCUGUUUAUAUUGCUUCCUUUUUUGUAGCCUUUGUACCUGUACAGAGUGACUGUAAGGGCCGAACAGAAGAGGCUUGAUACAUGUAAAAAUAGGACCCAGUGACACUCUUGUAUUUAUCUGUUAUCUUUUUAGUCAGUCACUUAAAAAAAUACCCACAAAAGACCCGCCCAAGCAACAAAAAUAAAAACUGCAAAAAACUACAUCCCCCCCCCCCAAGCUGUACAUUUUAACAUAAAAUAAAUUAUGAUGAGCCAUUUUUAGCCUCUUGUGUCUUGUCAUAGUUUGAUGUUGCAUGGGAAUUACCUCCUGAAACAGUGUUUGUUACAGUGCUCUCACGUGCUUGAUCUAAAGCCCAUUACAGUUGGUGGGGUUUGGAUUAGGCUGUUUAGAGCUUAAGUGUAGGUUACUCAUCAUAAUUGCAUACAUCUUGUGAAAAUAAAGAAUACCUAAGAUUAUUAUUUUUAAUAAUCUUAAUAAAAUAUGGAAUAAAUAUGUAUUUAAUACCUUA